AUUCCUCAAUGUGAAAUUAACAGUGUGCUGAAGUAAGAUCUAUAUAAUUGUAUUAUCAGAUAACAAAAUGAGAUCAGAUUGCGACAUUUCGAACUAACAAUCAAACAGUAUAAGUAGAUUCUGCAAAUAAUGAAAUGAAAUGAUAAAUAAAGCAAGGGCUGCACAAGAAAUGAGUACGCGAGUACAUAUAUACAUACAUCAGAGGUGGAUAUGAAAAACGGAGUGUGAUACUUAUUUUGCAACAAAUUCAAAUAAAAUCAAAAGGGGUGAGCGACUACAGUUCAGUUGUAGAAAGGGAAAUUUCAAUUGCGACGUCAUCAGUGAGUACAGCUUACAAAGUAUACAUAUAAGACCAAGGAGCUGAUAGAAUACUCUUAGUUUUGUUGAAACCGUGUUCUACAGCGCGCCUUCUUCAAUCAGUACAGAUUACUCUCUUUAGAUAGCAUAGAAUUAAUAAUAAGUAUCAUUAAACAUAUUAAAUAUCUAUUGACAAUUUCUAAAAAAAUCCGUGGAUUUAUAAAAUAGCUUCUAUUUUUUUAAUUGAAUUUAAUAAGUGGUGAAAAUAUAUGGAAUAUGUAAUGGAAAAUCAGUGUAAUAUACAAUUGAGUAACAUAUUGGGAAAUGGAUUAAAAAUCUACAAACUUACUGCGAAUUACAAGUUUUGAAAUAUUUAGAUCAUGAACUCUUGUCAUAAAUCUUCAGAAACAGCAAAAUCAAGUGGAUAAAAUCAAAAUGGGGAACUACUUUGAAAUUCUACUCUCUAUCGCAGUGAUACUUAUUGCAUUCUACUAUUAUGCUAUAUCAAACUUUGAUUUUUGGAAGAAACGUGGCGUAGUUGGACCAACGCCGACACCAUUCUUUGGAAACACUAUGGAUUUAAUAUUUACUAACAUAUCAUUACGUCAUUAUAUAAAAACAGCGUACGAUCAAUAUAAAAAUGAACCAAUGAUCGGGUUAUAUUUAAUGAAGAAACCAAGUCUUAUAUUGAAUGAUCCAGAGCUUAUCAAACACGUUCUUAUUAGAGAUUUUUCAAAAUUUGCAGAUCGAGGAGCUCUUGUUUAUGAGAAGACAGAGCCACUCUCACCACAUCUCUUCAACUUAGAAGCAGAAAGAUGGCGACCAUUGAGAGCGAGGCUCUCCCCCAUAUUUACACCUGGGAAAAUGAAGGAAAUGUUCUAUCUCAUAAUCGAAUGUUCGCAACAUUUGGAAAAAUAUUUGGCGAAAGAGGUUGAAAAAGGAGAGCCACUAGAAUGUCGAGAAUUAACAACAAGAUUCACGAUUGACGUGAUUGGUAGUUGUGCUUUUGGAAUUGAAAUGAAUGCACUAGCAGACGGGAGAAGCGAAUUCCAUCAAAAGGGUAGAAACGUCUUCGAUGCAACUUUCGAAAACGUCUUUCGAUUCAAAAUGAAACAAUUCUUCCCUGAGCUGUACGAUUUGCUUGGUUAUAUAAUACCCGAAAGAAGACUCGCCUCAUUCUUCACCAAAGCUGUUACGGACACCAUAAAAUACAGGCAAGAGAAUGAUAUCGUUAGACCAGAUUUCAUCAACAUGCUUAUGGAACUUAAGGCCCAUCCAGAGAAACUGAACAAUAUCGAAUUGACGGACUCUUUACUGACUGCACAAGCUUUUGUGUUCUUCUCGGCGGGUUUCGAAACCUCAUCGACGACGAUUAGCAAUACUCUUUAUGAAUUAGCCGUAAAUCAAGAGAUACAAAAUAAACUACGAGAAGAAAUAAUGGAGUACUGCUCUAAAGACAAAGAAGAGUUGGAAUACGAGACUGUAAAAGAAAUGGAAUAUUUAGAUAAAGUAUUCAAAGAAACGUUAAGAAUGUACCCAGCUGUAUCAUUACUAAUUCGAAAUGCAAUAUCAAACUACACUUUUGAUGGCACUAAGGUUUCAAUACCAAAGGGUACAAAAAUCUGGAUCCCAGUGUUUGCCUUGCAUCGAAAUUCUGAUAUUUAUCCAAAUCCUGAUUCUUUCGAUCCGGAAAGGUUCAAUGAAGACGCUGUCGCAGCUCGAAACUCUAUGCACUAUUUACCAUUCGGCGAUGGACCAAGAAAUUGCGUUGGUGCACGUUUUGCAAUUUAUCAAACCAAAGUUGGCCUUAUCGCAAUUCUACGGAAUUUCAAAGUGGACGUUUGCGAAAAGACAAGGAUUCCUUACGAAUUUGAUCCAGCUGCGUUUUUAUUAGCACCAAAAGAAGGAAUAUACUUGAAAUUUACAAAAAUACAAAGUUAAUGUAACUUAUUCGACAUAUAAUAAAUUGAAAAUAUUUCUUGUAAGUCAUUACACAUUAUGGAUGUAAAACACAAUACAGAAUGAAUGUAUAUUUGUUGCUUAGUAUUAAGAUAUUGUGGGAUGUUAAGACGGGAAGGUUGGCAACGCGAUGUGUAAAAAACAGAUGGAAGUGCGUGGAGUGUGUGAAGAGGUCAGUCCUUUUUUGUAAAAGCGAGAAAAUCCUAUAUUACUAUUAUAAUUCUAUGAUAUAUUAAUUUUAAAAGUACAAUAAUAAAUGUUUAAUAACGA